GUUAUUUCCAAGAAUGUAAAUACCAUUUUUGUGAAGUACUAGAUAGUAUUUGCAUAAUCUAGUACGUCAAGCAUUACCUAUUUUUUUUUUUUCCUAUGUUUCCAAUAAUUUUAGGGAAUGAGGAGAAUCACAAUUUAAUUAAGUUCCAUGGGAAGUUCAAUCAACAGUUCAUGAACUAAAACUUCUUUAAUUAUUAUAAUUAAAACAGUCACAGAAUAUUAAGAGACAUAUUAGAACUACCUAUAUAUACAAACACCCUUGCAAAUCUCUUAGUUUAGUGCUACUAAAUUUGUUCAUUUUAAAUUAAUCUGAUUUAUUAGAAAAAAAGUAGAAACAAAAAUGCCAUCUGGUCCAAAGAAAAGGAGAGCUGCUGCCAGAAAGAAGCAAGAAAAGGCCAAAGCGAAACAGACUGAUGAGUUAACAACUGUUUCAGUUGUCAAAUUGUCUGUACCAAUUGAAGAGUUGGCCAAAGGGGCUGUUUGGCAUGAAGAAGCUUCUGUUGACAAGGAAUCGGACAAAGCCAUGAAUACUAUAGGAGAAGUCACUGAUGAAUUUAAGGUUGCAUCUGUUGUUGAAGAAAAUCAAGUGUCCUUAAUGGACGUGAGGACAUCUAUGGAAAAUAAUGUAGAUGGGCAGCUUGUGUGUGGAAGUGCCGAUUGCAUUGCGGAAUGUGUCAAACCUGGGGAAACUUUGAAAAUAAAUGAAUCGUGUGGAGCUGUGCUCAAUGAUAGGGAGGAAGCAGAACUGUUGGUUGGGGAAUCUGGAAAAAGUACUGAGGAGGUUCAUGAUCGUGAUCUGUUGUCUGAUUGCCUGAUGCCUGAGGAGAUUAUUGCCAGGUGCAAUAAUCUAAUUUUUGAUGUAGUGGCAGCAAAUGAGGCGGCUACUGUUUUCCAGGAAAUCGAAGAAGCCAAGCUUCACGGAGGAGGUGUUUCUGACGAGUGUAAGGAUGUAUCUGUGAUUGGAAAUGCUGUUGAAGGAAAUGAGGAGUCAUUGUUAGAAGUUACUACUGUUGAGGACAAAGAAAUGUCUAGAGAUGAAACUGUUGUGCCUCAGAGCGGUCAUGAACUUUUGUCUGUUGGUGCGCCUGAGGAGAAGGUUGGCACUAAUCCAGUGGUCUCUGUGCCCUUGAUCCCCGAUGACAGUAUAAAGGAAGGAGAAAACACUUCAAAGUUAAAUGAAAUCUUAUCGGAAGUGCUGCCUGAAGAAGAGAAAGAUACUGAACUGGUCGCCUUUGCUGUGUCCAGUGUUAGUCAGGAAAUUGAGAAGGCCUCCUUGUUCUCUGAUCAAUCUGAUGAGGUGUCUCUGGUCGCCUUUGCUGUGUCCAGUGUUAGUCAGGAAAUUGAGAAGACCUCCCUGUUCUCUGAUCAAUCAGAUGAGGUGUCUGAAGAAAUGAAAGGCUCUACUCUAACUGUCUUAGGUGUGUCCAGUGCUAGUAAGGUUACAGAAAACACCUCCAUUUUCUGUGAUCAAUCUACUGAAUCUGUUGAGAAAAUGAAAGAUGUUGCACAGCUAGUCUCUUAUAAAGACAGAGGAUUACUUCUUCCGAGUAUGGGAUUGCCAGCUCCAGAGUUGUAUUCUAAUGUGCAUGUACCAUCUGCUGAAAUUGCUGGCUGCUCUUCUGGUGUGUCACCACCAAUUGUCUCUGGAGAAAUACAGGAUGUGCCUGCAGGAACAGAGUCUCCAGCUACUCAGAAUCAAGUUUACUUUGCUUGUCCUAGGCACUGUAACUCUGAUUGCUGUUUUGCCAAGUUACCAAGAAGCCAACUGGAAGUUGAAAAUGUGAUGUCUAGUGUGGUGGAGCUGAAGAGCGCAAUUCGCAGCCUUAAAGAAGAUCUGAUGAAGGCACUGGAGAAACUGGAGGCUAUUUCAUAUUGAGCCAGCUCUUGAUAACGCUGUUUUUUUGGUGUUCUAGUUGAAGGUUGUCUGUCUUUGCUUAGAAAAGGUGUUGACUGAUUUUGUUUCUAUCCUGCUGUUAGACAUUUUCCAGUAAUGCAAUGUGAUUCCUGAUCCUCGGGCUAUCAGUUUUAGA